AGUGACCAUCCUUCGGGACCGUGAAACCAGAAAGAGCCGUGGAGUUGCCUUUGUUUUAUAUCUGUCUCGUGAAGGGGCCCAUGCAUGUGUUAAAGGAACUGAUGGAAAAGAAAUGUUUGGCCGAACACUCAAAGCAAGCAUUGCAAAAGAUAAUGGUCGAGCUCCUGAAUUCAUCAGGCGGAGAGAAUAUCCAGACAAGUCAAGGUGUUAUGAAUGUGGAGAUUAUGGCCAUUUGAGUUACUGUUGCCCUAAAAAUCUGCUUGGAGAUAGAGAACCUCCUAAGAAGAAACCAAAGAAGCGAAGAGGUGAUUUCCAGGACGAGACCAAGCUCAAGAAUACUAAGUAUGAGGAUGAAGAUGCAGAAGAGGAUGAGGAUGAAGAACCAAAGUUUGAAGAAGACUCACUCAGUGAAGCAAUCAGAUAUCAACAAGAACUAAGAGAAGCAGAAGAAUUCCAAAGUAGACUUGCAGCUGGAGAAUAUUCCAAAUGCGAGCCAGGGGUUCAUCGAGCGAAGAUAAAGCAGUCCUCCUACUUUAGUGAUGAAGAGGAACUGAGUGAUGACUGAAAUAGCAGUGAUUGUGGCAGCGAUUGGUCAGAUUUUGGGAUAAUGCUGUAAUUUUAUUGUCAUUUUGGAUCCUAACUUCUGUACUUUCGUCAUUGAGCCUAUGUGUGCAAUGUGAGAGAAUGUGAACUAGGAGCUGAGGCUGUGAAGUUAAUCUUUUGGUAAUAAGAAUCAGAGUACAAAUAGAAAUGGAGAUGUGAAUUUGAUUUUGUAAAUGUGUCCUUUUUUAUUUUUUUAUUUCUGUUCCCUUUUUUUCUUUCUGCUUUUGUUUCCUUAUUUUCUCAGCUUGUUCUUCUAAAAAUUAUAGAUGAUCUUGUAAAAUUCGCUAUAAAGGAUAUAUAUUUAUAUAUUUUAACAUUGAUUAUCAUAAGGUUCCCUGGACUGAAUGAUUUUUAUAUAAAUGAAGUGUUUUAUUUUAUGUAUCUUUUAUUGCUGAAGUAUAUUAUUUGCACAUUUUAUUUAUUGAUAUAUUUUAAGAAAAUGUAUCAAACUACAAAUAAACAUGUUAGGUGGAAAACAAUAUAUGAAUUUAUUUAUAAACUAGCUGGAUAUGAGUACUAAAAGGGAGGUUGGUUACUGGAAUAAGAUUGCAAAUUAUGUAAUUCUGAAAUUAACUUAUCAAACUUGUCAAGAGUCCCUCACCAGACGAUCGACCGAAAGGGAUAUUUUUUUGUUAUUUGUCUGAUAAGGAACUAUUGACAAUUUCAAACAUUACACUCAAAAACAUUCAUACUAUGGCUGUGUUUCCUUUUAUAUGACUGUAUCAUUAUUAUUUGUAGCAACUAUACAAAGUGAUUUACAAUGAAUACAGAACCUCUUCAUUGAGAAGCACUGUAUAUAAUUUUCUGGGCAUUAUGUGUUUCCACUUAAUCCCUUUAUGCAGAUGUCUGACUAAAAUUUCUGAAAAAUC